AUGACCGACGCCUGGGCCUCGAAACGCCUGGUCUAUCGCGCGGUGGAAAAGGGCGACCACGAUGCGCUUCUCAAAACCCUCGACUCCGACGCGGAGUCCUUCAUCAACAUCUCCAGCGCUCUCCCGGCGCCGCUAGGCAAAAAGGACAUGGAGGAGUACUACGAGUAUCUCCAAAAGAAAUUGCUGGCCGUGGCGAUCUGCCUCCCGGCCCCGCCAGUCAGCAAUACUCAAGACGGCGGCACACCCCCGCAGCCGAUCCCCAUUGGUGUCAUCAGUUUAGAAGAGAUCCCUGCGCGCCACCACCAGCAUCGCGGAAGUGAGAUUGCCGUCAACGUCGUCAAGGAGUACCGCGGGAAAGGGUACGGGACGGAGGCGAUCGAGUGGGCAUUGGAUUGGGGCUUCGAGUACGCCGGCCUGCAUCGAAUCGGAAUUGUGGCUUUUGCGUAUAAUGCGGGUGCUGUGCGGCUGUAUGAGCGGAUGGGGUUUGCGCGCGAGGGCGUCAAGCGGGACUGCAUUUAUUCCAAGGGCAGGUUUUGGGAUGUCGUGUUGCUUUCGAUGUUGGAGGAGGAGUGGCGGGCACGGGGGAAGAAGUGA